ACAAAUUAUCUCAAAUUGAAUAUUCUUAAAGAAUAAUGGGUUUGGUUUAUGUACAAGAAAGUGUAUAUGAGUUCUUGAAACAAGUUUCAAAGAUAAAAAAUGGGUUUCAAAGAUUAUGAAAGAUUAGUGAUUAUGUUAAAAGAUAGGAAGAUGAGAUGAAGAAAAUCGAUGCCUUUAAACGCGGGCUUCCUCUUUGCAUGCUUCUCUUGAAAGAUGUGAUUAAGAGAUUGAAGGAGUUAGAAAAGCUGUGUAAGGAACUUGGUGAUGGAUCAGUGACCAUUAAUGAAGGAAAUGGAAGGGUAAACAUGGAAAACGAUGGCGGCACCGGCGACAAGAGGAGCUGGAUGAAUACUGUUCAACUCUGGAACUCCGAUCCCGACAACGUUGAUUAGAACAAGAAUCCAAACACAGUUCUAGACUGAAACUGGUAAUAUCCCAAACCAAGCGUGUGAUUUUAAUCUUGUUUUAUGGAACAAUAUUUACUAAUGUUUUUAAGGGGGUUUGACUUUCGAGUUUGAUAGAGAACUGAAGAUAUGUUUGAGGACCCAAUUGAAUUUUUAAUAACAAAAGGUUCAGACAAAUGAAUAAGGAAAAUUUACAA